UUUUCAAAGUCGCCUAUCUGUCGAGAGGAGUCCGCAGAGGCGAGUGAAGUUAAUUGGUUCCCUCAGGCGUUGUUUUCUUUCUUCCAAAUUCAACUUUUCAUGCCGUCUGCUACACCUGCCUGCCAAUGGGCGCGGUUGGGACCGAUGCCCAAGUCUCUGUUUUGACUUGCCUGGGAAAGUUGAGCUAAAAGGCACAAAGGGACCGAGGAUCGAGAAGGACAUCCCACCCGCGCGUCAACUUGGUAUAACACAUUAUCUCUCCCGUGGACGCGAACAGUCGCUCCAUCUUGAGAGGACCCCGGAUUUGAUUGUUUGUUUCUCGAGUUGGCUGAAGAUAAAAUGGGAUGGACGAGUUAACAAGACAGAUCGACUUCUCAGGAGGCUUGUCAGGAGAAAGGGUUGUGACAGAAACAGUAACCUCCACCACCAGACUGUCUUCUCUGCCACCAAAGGGAACCAGCGGAUCAAAUCACAGGAAUAUGUCCAGCGGUGCUGGAGGGCUGGGCUUGGAGAAGAAUGUCUUAACCCAGAACAGCAGUGGAACUUAUUUCUCCUCAUCCUCUGGAGGAGUGAACGCCAGCAGCUUCAGCUCCUCCUCGGGAGUUUACCUCGGGGGAGACUCCUCGGGAGGUGAUGGAGGAGGGAUCUUCAUAGACGGAGAGGGGUAUGGAAGAAGAGGAGGAGGAGGAGGAGGGGGAGGAGGAGGGGGAGGAACUGGAGGAGGAACUGGAGGAGGUGGAGGAGGUGGAGGAGGUGGAGGCAAAGGCGGCAGUUAUCUCGUGAGCUCGGUGUCAAAGGUCAGGUCGAGCUCGUCUGGCGGUACCAGGAGAACUGCAGGCUCAUCAGGAGGUCUGUCGCCAUCUUCCCGGGAGAGGAAGGUCACAUCCAGCCGCUCAGGAGGUUAUGAUGGAAGUUCCAGCGCUAAUUCCUCCCCAGAGUUUGCACGCAAAGAUUAUGGAGUCUAUUGCUCCAGCACCCAAAGAGGGAGGAGCGAAAGCAGAGAGAGCGAGAUCAGAGCCAGAUUACAGAGCGCCUCUCCCAGUGCCAGCAGAUGGACGGAGCUGGACGACGUGAAGAAGCUUCUGAAGGGGCGCUCCUGCAGCGUCAGCCCCACUCGCUCCAACGCCUCCAUCACCCUGCCGGUCCCUAAAAAGGCCAGCGUGGAAACCAAGACUAUCUCAGUGGCCUCUCAGUCGGGUUCAACUUCCUUUGGCUCUGGUGUUAGAUCAACCGGGUUCCACACCAUUGAUACAUCAGGCUUUUAUGACACCGGUCUGACAUCCGGGCGGGUUGAUACUGGUGUAAACUCAAGCCAGUAUGAUGUCACCGUGACAUCAGACCACUAUGAUACUGGUGUGAAAUCUGUCCCGUAUGCUGUUGGUUUAAAAUCAGGACCGUUUGAUACUGGUGUGAAGUCAGGACAGUACGACAUGAGUUUGAAGUCAGGGCAGUAUGAUACCGGCAUAAGAUCAGCCCAGUAUGAUACUAGUGUCAGAUCAGCCCAAUAUGAUACUAGUGUGAGAUCAGCCCAAUAUGAUACUAGUGUGAGAUCAGGCCAGUAUGAUGGUAGUCUGAGAUCAGGCCAGUAUGAUGGCAGUGUGAGAUCAGGCCAGUAUGACACACUGGACGCCACACUUCCUACUUUCUCCUGGUGCACCACCACGCUGCCCUCCGCCGCCACCACGGUGAUGGCUGCCAACACCAGCAGCUACGCCUACCAGGCCGGGAACAACAACAUGGCUGGAGGAACCGCUGCAGUUGGUCUCACCUCACCCUCCUCCCUCUCCGUUUACGGCUUCCAGAAUAACCUGGCUCCCACCUCUUCCACUGUGCUCACCACCAGUGGAGGAAACGUGACUACUAACCUAGGAGGUUAUGGCGUUCAGAAGAAUUUGUCAAAUGGUGGGGGUGUCGCCAGCACUGGAGUCUCUGCAACCACUAGAACCCAAGUUGAUGAUUCCUAUAAGAGAGACUAUAAGAGACUGAUCUCUGACAAGGAGAACGUGACGGCCAAGAGAGACACAGACAUGCUGAUCAUGGCUAAAGACAGCGGGAAGCAGUUCACCACCAGCAGUGUUCAGAUGAGUGGAGGGUCGCUGUCAGGAGACUCGAUGAAGAAAGAGAAGCUUAUUUCAAGCUACGUUGAGACGGCGCCACUGAAGACAGAGAGUGGCAACUCUUACUAUGGGUCAUCUGGGACGUCUGGAGUUGUGAUGAAAGACAAAUCAACCUAUGCAGAGAUCGACCGGGACAGCGGGAUCUUCGGAGGCGGAGGAGGAUUCUGCUGCUGCUCGGACGCGUGUUGCUCCUGGUGGAAAUGGCUGCUGGGUCUUCUCCUCCUCUCCCUGCUCCUGCUGGGACUCUUGUUUGGGCUCAUUGCACUGGCUGAGGACGUGAGAAAGCUGAAGAGUCGAGUGGGUACGCUGGAAUCUGAGUCCUCCGCUCGUACCAGCCGGCUGUCAGGAACUUCAAAUAACAUCAACGUCUUCGGAGCCACUGGAGCUGGAGCUGCAGGAGCUGGAGCGGUUGGAGCUGCAGCUGGAGCUGGUGCUGCUGGAGGUGGAGCGGUUGGAGCUGCAGCUGGAGCUGGUGCUGCUGGAGGUGGUGCAGGUGGAGGAGGUACCUCCCACACCGACAACACGCUAUAUAUGGGGGCUGGAGGUGGAGCUGGAAGUUCGGGAUCCAAAACACAAAUCGGUGUUGCAGCUGGUGCUGGUGGCUCUACUGGUGGAGGUGGAAACGGCCUUGACGUCAGCAUUGGUGGUGGUUCUGCUGGAGCCAGUGGAGCGACUGGGGCAAGUGCUGGUGGUGCCGGUACCAGCGUCAGUGGCAGAGGUGGCAGUACUGGUGGCGGUACUGGUGGCGGUACUGGUGGCGGUACUGGUGGCGGUACUGGUGGCGGUACUGGUGGGGGUGCUGGUGGUUCUGGUACCCGUCUCAGUGGUGGAAGUUCUUCUGGAACCUCUUUCACUGGCUCUUCUGGUAGUUCUGGUAGUUCUGGUACCGUUCUCAGUGGCAGUGCCGGCAGCACCGAUUCUGGUUUCAGUGGCGGUGCCGGCGGUUCUGCUGGUACCGGCCACAGUGGCGGCGCUGCCUUCGGGACCGGAGUGAGCGGAGGACACAUGGAAGCUGCCGCUCUGCAGAUCAUGGUCCAGCAGAUGUUAAGAACUGAAAUGCAUUCCCAGUCAUACAGAGCUUUUCUAGUGUCGUCAGUGCAGGGAGAGAGAGGACUGCCUGGACCUAAAGGAGACUCUGGUUUCCCUGGAAUUCCAGGUGCUCCGGGCUCCAUGGGACAUGCAGGCCCUGAGGGUCAGAAAGGACAGAAAGGAGGUCAAGGUGAUCAUGGGCUGGAUGGGGCACCUGGCGUCAGGGGUCGCGAGGGCCAGUUGGGCCCCAGAGGUGAUACAGGACCUGCAGGCUUUGGAGCGAAAGGUGAAAGAGGUUCUCCCGGGGAACCUGGGUCUGUCGGUGCUAAAGGCUCAAGUGGAAUUCCUGGUCUUCUUGGAGCACCAGGUCAACCAGGUUCUCAGGGUUUCCGUGGCGAGACAGGACCACAUGGGCCUAAAGGUGACACUGGUGGUACAGGUGCCAGAGGUGUGAAAGGUGAUGGUGGUAUACCGGGUCUGCAAGGGCUGGCUGGAGAGAAAGGAUCAACGGGGUUGGCUGGAGCUGAUGGAUUGAAAGGAUCAAGAGGUGACCAAGGGCCUGCAGGUAUUCCUGGACUCAGGGGUCCUGCUGGGCCUCCUGGAGAUUCUGCACAUGCAGGACAACCUGGGCUUCAAGGACCACCAGGGAUACCAGGGAACCCAGGGAGUCCCGGCGCUAAAGGGGAAGCAGGUGACGCUGGAAGAAUCAUCAACGCAGCUGGAUCCACUUCUAUUGCCAUCCCAGGACCCCCCGGGCCUUCUGGUCCCCCCGGCCCUGCUGGACGUCCAGGAUUAUCAGGUCCAAUUGGCCCUGCUGGCCAACCUGGUGCUAAAGGUGACAGAGGAUUUAGGGGCGCGCAGGGAGAACAAGGAAUAACAGCGAGAACAUCUGAAACCUUGACCUCAAGCCAUGUUAGCGCCAGUGGAGGAUCAGCAAUAUCUGGCCCCCCCGGCCCACCUGGUCCACCUGGACGUGCAGGAGAUUCAAGACCAGGACCGCCCGGGCCUCCAGGUCCAACAGGUUAUGGAAGACCAGGGCCUAAAGGAGACAGAGGGGAGCCCGGCUUUUCAUCCGGCUCAGGAACACUUCAUACUGGACAGCCAGGACCACCUGGGGCUGUCGGGCCUAGAGGAUCAUCAGGUUCUCCUGGACCAAGAGGAUACCAAGGUGAAGCAGGGCAGCCAGGUGUGCCGGGGAGAUCAGGGAGCUCAGAGAGAGUAUCCUCUUAUGGUGGAGGACUCGGGACCCCUGGACCUCCAGGUCCGCCAGGACUUCCUGGAAUACAGGGAAUCAAAGGGAACACUGGAGCUACUGGUAGUCCUGGCUCUUCGAGAGGCUCCAUCUCAGUCACCUCAGGCCCCCCCGGCCCUGCAGGUCCUCCCGGCCCUCCAGGUCAGACGGGCUCCUUCUCUUCUUCUACUGAGAUGCGGCAGUACAUCUCUGAAUAUCUGAGUAGAAGCACACAGUCGGCUGGCCGCGGGCUCCCGGGCCCCCCUGGGCCUCCAGGAACCCCUGGAUCCUUCUCAGGCUCAAUCGAGGACAUCUCCACUCGUAUGAUCGCAUACAUGCAACGUUCGGGCUCAGGGCUCAGCAUCGGGGUUCAGGGUCCUCCGGGACCACCCGGCCCCCCUGGACACGGCUCUGGUUCCCUGACGGUCAGUGGGCUCAUCUCCAUGCUUCAGAGAGAGGAUGUGAGGAGAUACCUGUCCGGACCACCAGGCCCACAAGGCCCCCCGGGUCAACCAGGGACAUCAGGAGGAGCAGGAGGAUUUUCAGGCAGUUUCUCUGUGGAGGAGAUAGCCACAUACGUCUUCAAGAUCAUGAAUGACAGAGGGAUUGCGAGAGGUCCCCCCGGACCCCCCGGUCCUGCUGGGCCGUCUGUUGCUGUGGGCUCGAGCUUCUCUCAGGCUUCGAUUGACUAUUCUGCUCUAGUGAGGAAUUCAGACUUCCGCUCUUGGGUUACCUCUGCCGUACAACAAGGUAUUUCUGGUUCCCCGGGCAUCCCAGGACAGCCUGGCCCUCCUGGCGCUCAGGGGCCGCCGGGGGUCUCCACCGCCACCGUGUACGGGGCCGGGACUGGGGGGAGUGGCUACAGCCUGGAGGACAUUCAGCGUUACCUGCAGGGUUCUGGCUUCAGAGGUCUCCCCGGCCCUCCUGGUCCACAGGGACCAGCGGGACCAUCAGGCGGUCACUCCGGAUCGGUUUCCUACAGUGGAAACUUCCCUCGGGAGAGCAUCCGCGCUGAAGUCCAGGAGUAUCUGACCAGUGACAAUGUUCGUCGUGCCAUCAUCGGACCUCCGGGGCCUCAGGGGCCGAUGGGACCGAGGGGAGAGCGAGGAGAGUCAGGCUACGGCCAGGGCUAUAGCCAGAGCCAGAACUACGCUCAGAGUGACUCUCGAAUCGGCUCUGAGUACAGAAACAUCGAUCUCAGCAACCUGGACUACUCCAGCGUCGCCAUCCAGGUUUCAGACCUCAUCAAGAGUAAAGGUCUGCUGCAGGAGUAUCUGGUUGAGGGUCCUUGGAGGGCGCAUGUUCGAGCGAUUCAAGGCCCUCCUGGUCCUCCUGGCCCCUCCGGACCACCGGGCCAGAGCCGCGUCAUCGGGGCCUACGGCAACGUCACAGCGGACCUCAUGCAGUUCUUCAGAACCUAUGGCACCAUCGCAGGCCCUCCAGGAGAGAAUGGACCGAGGGGUGAGAGGGGGCAUCCAGGACCCAGGGGAGAGAGAGGUGAUCCUGGGCGCCCAGGUUUAUCAGGACUACCAGGGGCAUACACUGUCCAAGUUCCACACAGGGUGCAGAAGAGGGAUGCAGGCAAUGAAAUGGUUGCUCGUCGUCGUCAGAAGCUUCGCCGUCACGCAGGCAGCGGUUAAACACAUUACUGGAUCACAUUUCAUUUUUACUCUUUUUUUUUUUUAGGUGUUCAACUGUUGCAAUGCAAGUAGUCAAAUAGCUCUUUAUUGUUGCCAUCUGUAGAAACGUCACAGGACAAUUUGAGGAAAUAAAAUGAUGCAUUACGUUUUUUUAAAACCAGCUUUAGUAGAGGUUUGGAUUUUAGCUGCUGGUCAGUGUCUUUGUUACACAGACUUCUUUACAUCCGGGUGUAUAAUGUUUACUUUGCUUGGUUAGAAGCUUGCUAACUUUUUUUUCCCAGGGACAAUUUCUAUUUUUCAGCAAUAAGUAGCUGAUAUUAUUUCCAACUGCUCGUGUAACUUUCGUGUCUGGUGUAUUUGAUUUUGUUCUCAUUGAGGAUUAUAUUGUUUUGAGAACUAUGCAAGUGUUAAAUGUUGUGUCAAGGUAACCCUUCAAUGUUCUAUAAGAUACUACACUAUUGUCAGAUUAUCUACAUAAAUCAAGCUAGCAUCCAUCCUGACCCUUGGAAGUUAUUCAUUCAUCCCAUACAAAUAAAUAACAAUAUCAUCAACCCUUUUUUUUCCUAUAAAUAUAUAUAUAUAAAAACAUGCAACAUUACCAGUCAGUGAGGGUCAUUUUUGCAGCAGAGAGGGGACUUAUGUUACAGUAAAUGUUGCUGUAGUUACGACUGAUGAUUUACUUGAAAGAUUUGUUAGUUCAAAAUUAAGAAGAAGAAUAAAUUACAUUGUUCGUGUGGUUGAAAGUCUGAAAAUCACAACAAAAUGAUGGAUUGGAUUGUAUAUUUUUGUAUAAGAAAGCACUGAAAUUGAUAUAUUUGCUUUAUACCAUUAAGUGUUGGAAAAAAAUGUUCCCAGAUUAUGUUUUACAUCAUUGCACUUUUUGACUUUUGAUCAAUAUAUAUAUAAAAGACACACAAUAAAUCUAUUUUUCGACUCGA